AGCGCGCCGCGCACGCACGGCACGUCACGCGGCGGCGCGUGACGCGGCGCGCGUGCGCGACAGCCUCCAUCUCCGCUUGGCCGCGCCGGGAGCCAUCUUCAGCGCGCGCCACACCCCCCCACACAUCCCCCUCCGCGCCGCCUGCCGGCGCCGUCUUGAGUGUGGCGCGCCGCCAUCUUGAGUGCGGCGGGCGGGGGAUGGGCGGUUACCGGCUGCCCUCGCUGCCGACCCGGGUCUGGGCGGCGCCGGGAGGGCCAUGGUGGGGGCGCGGAGGCUUCCCGAAGUGUCCCGUUAGCUCGUCGUGGACAGAAAGCCCUCAGAACCGCCAUUAUGGAGGCUGUGUGUCACUCUGGGAUUCCGUGCUACCACUGUCCUACCCAGCUGGUGACAUGCCCAGUUCCUUGCCAACAGGCAGGAAGGAGCUCGCAUGGGGCAGUAUGUCUGCCCACCGAUCUCCAGGAGCCCAGAAAUGCAUUGACCAGACAGCAGGGUUUGGCUUUAUCAGAGCUUUGCAGCUUCCCAGAGCCUGCACUUGGACGCAAAGCUGGGUCCAACCCUUCACCGAGGUGACUUUCCCCACCGGGACGGGGUUAUCAGCGUGUCUGGCAAGCAGCUUUUCCCUCCGGCUCCCCAGGAGCACCCUGCCAGCCCCAAGCAGGCUGUGGUUGCCGGGCCACGGACACGGACCGGCCAUUUCCCAGUACCCAGGAUCCCAGCGCCUCCCCGCCGCCCUCUCUUGGUCUCUGCCGAGGCUGCAGAGCCCAGGCCUCCGCGCAAAGCCCUGCGUGAGAGCGCUUAGACGCCAAGCUAAAGCCAUGGCCCCCGACAUCCAAGGGUAAGAGCCCUCCUUCGGAAGCACAGAGCAUUGCGACUUGGAAACACAUUUAAACCCUCUGGGGACCCGACCAUUUCUCCUUCUCUUAUAAUCCCAGUAACAAACAUACAUAAACAGUGAUGAGACCUUCCCUGUGCCAUCGCACAGACUUUGGAAGUCAGCUCUCUUCCUACAGUCCCCUACUGGUUGCUUGUAGAAGGUUGGCAAAAGGUACCUGAGAAAAGCAAGGUUUCUGCCUUUAGCUCAUCCCAAGGGAGUCUGUACCACCUGUGGGGAUUUUAAGACUCCCAUCUACUAAGGAAAGCUGAGAAUUGCUCUUCUACUUGUUCUAAAAAAAAUUAUUUAGAUCUCCAUAGACACCUGGUGCUUUUUCAUUUUAUUCUUGCA